UCUCAGUGCUGUGACGUCUUACAUUCGGUAGACUCAUCGUUUCAAUUUAUUAUUGCAACACGCGCACUGAAAUAUAUAUCGUUUUCUCGGGAUAAUCCGUUUGCCUAGUGAAUUAUUGGAUCGAUAUUAAAUUCGAUAUGUCCACAAACAACAUGUCCGUGUUUGCGAGAAGAAAAAGACAGUAUUUAGAAAAUGUGUGCAGUGAGUGAUAUAAUUGUGUGGUCUAAAUGAAUACGAAGAUAAUAUGGUCGCUUUCAGCCUCAAUGAAUGCUACUUCGCGAAUAAGGGCUCAGCAGUGGUGCUGGGGGGUACGGAGCGCGGCUGCAUGGAUCAGAGACCAUCCCCAGUUCGCUCAUGUCCCCAGUCUGACAUACAAAAUCACCUUCAAUCUAUGUUCUACUUAUUGCGCCCUGAAGAGACGCUCAAAAUGGCGGUGAAACUGGAAAGCGCUCACCCAGGCCGAACAAGAUACCUGGUAGUGGUUUGCCGUAAUGAAGAAUCUGCGUUAUUGGGUAUCGACUGUAAUGAGCGCACAACUGUUGGACUAGUCCUAAGAGUCCUGGCCGACACAUCCAUAAAACUAGACGGAGAUGGCGGAUUCAGCGUCUGUGUAUGUAACCAACAGCAUAUAUUUAAGCCAGUCUCCGUACAAGCCAUGUGGUCUGCUUUGCAAACGCUCCAUCGGGCUAGUGCCAGAGCGCGACAGUUAAAUCAUUUUGCAGGGGGACCUUCGCAUUCUUGGUGCGUCUUCUAUGAGAAUCAUGUGGACUCUGAUCGUUCUUGUCUUAACGAAUGGCACGCUAUGGAUAACAUCGAGUCGCGUCGACCGCCAUCGCCUGAUUCAGUCAGAUUAAAGCCACGCGAAAGAGACGAAACAGAAUGCGUAAUAAGAUGUACCCUCAAAGAAAUAAUGAUGAGUGUGGAUUUGGACGAAGUGACGAGUAAAGCCAUCAGAGGUCGACUGGAGGAGGAGUUGGAUAUGGACCUAGCCGAGUACAAGUCAUUCAUUGACCACGAGAUGCUCACGAUAUUGGGUCAGAUGGACGCGCCGACAGAAAUAUUCGACCAUGUUUAUCUCGGUUCGGAAUGGAACGCAAGUAACCUCGAAGAGUUACAGAGAAACGGAGUCAGACACAUCUUAAACGUUACAAGGGAGAUAGACAAUUUCUUUCCCGGAAUGUUUGAGUAUCUGAACAUAAGGGUUUACGACGACGACAAGACUGACCUAUUGAAACAUUGGGACAACACGUUUAAGUAUAUAAAUAAAGCGAGAAAUGAAGGUUCGAAAGUUCUCGUCCACUGUAAAAUGGGCAUCAGCAGAUCCGCCUCUGUCGUAAUAGCUUACGCAAUGAAAGCAUUCAAUUGGAAUUUCGACAGAGCCCUGAAGCACGUUAAAGCGAAAAGGAGUUGUAUCAAACCGAACACGAAUUUUUUGAACCAACUAGAGACUUAUCAAGGUAUCCUUGAUGCAAUGAAAAAUAAAGAGAAAUUACAAAGAUCAAAGUCUGAAACAAAUUUAAAAUUGCCUAAAUCGGUAACGAAAAAUGAGAACAAAUCAAUGGAGCCGACGCCUCUAGUCUUAGCUUUGACGGGGUCGUACAGCGGCCGGCCGCGCUCGUGGUCGCCGGACACCAAGAUAGCGUCUCAGCUCCUCCCUGCCCUCCCGCCGACGUCGGUUUCCCUCGAGAACUUAGCCUCCGAGACCAGGCACAUGCUAAUGCCGUGUGCCAACGGAAGCUACAGCGUAUCACCGAAUCAAAUAAUCAGAUUAAAAGGCGAAGGCGCUCCAUCAGUAAAACACAUUGUGAAUGAAAUCGAGAAUGCUACGUCGGGCGAUCGCAGGGAUCUGAGUCGUAGAUAUCAAAAAUUGAUUUUUGGUAGUCAGUAUGAUUGUCUCAGCGAUCGCUCUGUCGAUGUUCCUAGCGCUCCGAGCGUUCUAACGCAAACUUCUCCGACGCGCAGUUCCGGUCUCAAAUAUGCGCAGCAAUAUUUCGAAGGAGAUAGAAUACACACGUGGGACCCCGGGGAAACGUCUGCGUGUCGAGACGAGAUCGGUCGCAAUCUUAGUAAUAGUGAUAAUUUAGUAAAAAGUGACAGUGGCAUCGUAGAUAUAAAAACGAAUAAAGUGACAAUUAGUGACGGUUACAGUUUUAUCAAUUUGACAGAACGGAGUUUAGAAAGUGAAGGUAAACGAGUUCCCGACGAAGAAGCAGCACCUCCGAGUCGACAAAGUUCGUGGAGUUCAUUCGAUAGCGCAGUUGUACUCGAUCUGUCUCGGCACUCUUCAUGGGGCUCGUACGAUACGAGAGGCGCCAAAACGCAGAUCAUCGGUCGGGAGGAAUCUAUUAAACGAGCCAAAGAUCGAUCUGACGAUCGCAACUUGAAGAAGGAUGAUACAGAACGCGGUGCCGAAUGCGCGGCCGCCUCACAAAAACAGCUCUCCGAUCUCAGCAUCAUAAGAGAACACAACGAGGCACGCAACGCCGAGCGGCGACUCACCGACAGAUCCGGCCUCGUGGCGGACAAUGAAAGAAAAUUUAACGAGACCUGUGCCAUAUUAAAAGAACUCGCCAACGCCGCAGCCAGAAUGGAAAAAGCGAGAGACCGAGGGGCGUCCACGUGGAGCGGGCGCCUGGCCGCCUCCGUGCCCGCCGACACGUGGCUGCGAGCCGGCCUACGGCGGCGCCGGCCUGUCUGUGCUUCGCAAGGCGACUUGCCGCGCGCCGCCGCCGGACUCGUCAGUAACCUCAAAAAGGAGUUCGAAGCUCGCUCCGAAACCGAUACAUUGCGACGGUCGGAACCUCGCAUUCGGACGGCAGCCAACGAGCACGCCGACAGAUCUCCGGCGUCGCCACCUUCCGGCGAAGAUCUCUCCGUGAAAGUUUUAGUAGACAGAUACGACAGGCCCGGGCGUUCGAGGUCGGAGUCGGUCGGAACGAAAGGUCCACAAGAGUCCGUCUCGAAGAAAUGUCGGUUGACGGCGGAGAGCGAGAGUCGCACUCGCACUCGCAGCGGCGCGGUGGCGCUGCGGAACUCGUUCUGCGGCGCAUUCCGCGGGCUCGGCGCCGACCGGCCGCCGCCCGCACCCACCGUCCUCGCGUUGGCUCCUAUCGACUAUAACGAUGUGGUGGUAUCUACUGUGAUGUCAAAAGCUCAAAACAAAAAACAAUUGCAACACGGGAAGACGCAUCCGUUGACGAGGCUCAACCUAAAUCGGUCAAACAAUAGAUGUUCAAAUCCUGUAUAUAACACUAUGUAGAACUAUUUGUUUUUAUUUUUUAUUUUUAUUUAUUGUGAAUUCUUGCCAAACUCGAACUUUUAUCUUACUAGAGUUUUAUAUGAUACCUAUAUUUACAAAUGAAAAUGCAGUGUAUUUGUCUAUCUUGUAAAAUUGUACUGAACAGCUGUUUGUGCGUAGAAGAUGUUUAAAAAGAGAAUAAACAACUCAAUAAAAACUUUAAAAUAAGUUUUUA